AUGGGGCGCCCAUGUGUGGCAGGGGCCAGGGAAGUACAGGUGGAUUAUGCUGCUCGUCGCAUGACGCUGGGCGAUGUCGCAGUGUUGGAGGGUCAAGUGGUGACCAUCGAUGGCAACACAGGUGAAGUGCUUUUGGGUGAGGUGCCCACCGUGACCCCUAAGCUGUCCAAAGCCUUCCGAACCAUCAUGACGUGGGCGGAUGAGUACCGCACCUUGCAGGUGCGUUGCAAUGCAGAGACGCCAUGUGACGCGCAACGAGCGAAGCUCUUCGGAGCUGAGGGAAUUGGCUUGGUUCGCACCGAGCACAUGUUCUUUGAAGGUGAGCGGAUUGUGGCUAUGCGACAGAUGAUUUUGGCGGCAGACGAAAAGGAGCGGCAAAGUGCUCUGCAGAAGCUCCUGGAGAUGCAACGCCAAGAUUUUGCGGACCUCUUUGAGAUUUUCCCUUCCGUCACGGUGCGUCUUCUGGACGCGCCGCUGCACGAGUUCCUCCCCAGCACGGAGGCAGGGCUGGCGGCCGUCGCGGCCGUGGGCGCCAGGGUUCCGGCGUCGCUGGAGCGGGUGAAACGACGAACCGCGGAGCUGAGGGAAGCGAAUCCCAUGCUGGGUCAUCGUGGCUGUCGUUUGGCCAUCACCUACCCUGAGAUCUGCCAGAUGCAAACGCGCGCCAUCUUCGAAGCCGUGGCUAGUCUGGGACGACGCCAACAGGUGCCCACAGUGGAGGUGAUGGUGCCCUUGGUGUCACAUGUGGAGGAGUUCAAGAUCUUAAAACUGGUCGUGGAGAAAACGGUCCUGGCAGUGCAGCGAGAGCAAGGGAUGAGCUUCAAGUAUCACAUUGGGGCCAUGGUGGAGUUGCCGCGGGCCUGUUUGCAGGCCGAGAAGUUGGCGCAGUCUGCGGAGUUCUUCAGCUUCGGCAGCAACGAUCUGACACAAAGCACCUAUGGACUCAGCCGGGAUGAUGCUUCGACCUUCUUGCCCGACUACAAGGCCAAGGGGAUUCUGGAGCAAGAUCCCUUCGUGACUCUGGACACUGAGGGUGUUGGGGAACUGAUUUUACUGGCCGUGGAGCGGGGCCGCAAAGCUCGAAGUGGCAUGAAGAUGGGUAUUUGUGGUGAGCAUGGUGGUGACCCCGGCAGCAUCGAUUUCUGCAACCGCAUCGGUUUGGACUACGUGAGCUGCUCGCCGUGGCGCGCCCCCCUGGCACGCCUCGCUGCGGCACAGGCGGCGCUGCGCGCUGACCACGGCGACGGCGACAGGGCGAAACGCAACGGCACAAGGCACAGGUGUCAAAGCAAGCGGGUCUUUGAGGCGGCGAUUGGGUCUCAGGGGGAUGGAGCCCAACGUAUUCAGAAAGGCGACCAGGGGAGGCCACCAGGGGAGGUGAUUUAUGAUCCCAUGGACUGCCAAUUCUACACUUGGCAGCUGGCCAUCGCACAAAAUCUGGGCGGCCGCAGGUUGCAGCUUCUGAAGCUUUGUCCCAGCGCUGAGGAGUCCGUGGACCUGAACUACUUGUCCGGUCUUUCGGGCAGGAUCUCCGAAGCUGCGCUGGAUACCCUCCUCAGCUACCAGGACACGACGAACGACGGCAGCGACCUGGUACCGCUGACGUGGUGGCGCAAGAACAAUACGCUACAUGGCAACCAUGAGGGGCAACGUGAGCCUCGUGGGACCUCAGAACUGGGCCCCAAGGACCAGCGUCGCCGCGAAGAACGCGCUCGACGACGGUUGGAGGAGAAGGCUCGGAAAGAGGCCAAAGUGAGCGCCGGAUACUUCAAACCCUCGGUGAACAGCUAUCAAAAUGUCGGUAGUCGCAUCAGGAUACUUGAGGAACCGGAGACCUACCUGGAUCGAGUGUCGCGUACUCGCGCUCGAGCCUUGCAAGUCAUCAGGAACCAGUGCAAAGAGGACUAUCCAUUCCAACCCAAGGUGCAACCUGCUCCAGCCUUGGUCCAACGCAUGGCCAGGUCGCACAGAACUCUGAAGGAAGUCCGUGAAAAAGAGAACAGAUCAAAGGUACCUUCGCGACCGGCUUGGCAGCCUUCCACGUUGUUGGAUUGA